AUGUCUGAUAGUGAAGACCAUAAAUUAGAUCUCAAAACUGAUAGUAAGGACAGUUCUUUAUUGUCACCUUCAUCUACUGGUUCUACUGCUAAAGAAAGAAGAAAAAUUGAAAUUAAAUUCAUUGAAAAUAAAACAAGACGUCAUGUUACAUUCUCUAAGAGGAAACAUGGUAUCAUGAAGAAAGCUUUUGAAUUAUCAGUUUUAACAGGUACACAAGUUUUAUUAUUGGUCGUAUCGGAAACCGGUUUGGUGUAUACUUUCAGUACGCCAAAGUUUGAGCCAAUUGUCACACAACAAGAAGGUAGGAAUUUAAUUCAAGCUUGUUUAAAUGCUCCUGAUGAGGAAGAAGAAGAAGAAGAAGAAACAAAUAAACACGAAAAUGGUAAUAAUGCAGGUUCAUUAAUCCAGCAACAACAACAGCAACAACAGCAACAACAAUUACAACAGGAUCAACAGCAGAAGCAACAACAAUCUCCGCAAAUGCAACAACAACCACCGCAAUUGCAACAGCAUCAACAACAUCCACCUCCACCACAGCAACAACAUAGCGGUAUACUGAAUAAUAACAAUAGUGCAAACUACAUGUCUGUACAACAAAUACAGCAACCUUUGAAACAAGUUCCUUUCAGUAAUGUAAACAUCCAACCUCCAAUUCCAAAUAAUCAAUAUUAUCAAGCGCAAAAUCCAACUCAACAACAGCAACAACAAAAUUCUGUUUACCAGCAAUAUUUCCAGGAAACCCAACAAACUAAUUAUUAA